AUGGCGCAGGUACAGAAUUGGUUGCAUGGGCUAGCACAGGCCGGGGCUAUACCAGCCAUCCCAGUAGGUAGGGGCACAGAGAUAGCAACCCCAGGUCUGGAUAGAGUUCGGGCUCUGGGAGUUCAGCAUGCCGCAGCAGAGGUACCUCACUUGGAUAAAGUUCUUGGUUUUGAGGCUUUUUCGAGGCCAGUUGCACGGCCAGUAAUGACUGGAAAGGAUCAGACAUUUCGUGAAGAGGUUGAACACUGGACUUUAGCUAUCACCUCUUCAGCUUAUAUCCACUGGGCAUCAUUCCAGGAGGUAGUGGAGCAUGUUUGUGUUGUUGAGGGGAUUAAACAGGAGAGUCAUGCAAAGCAAAUAGAGAAGAAAGCUCGAAGGCGUAGGAAUUUCAGCAACUCCUUCUCGAGGGGUCAGAGUUCACAAGUGUAUUCAGGACGUCCGGUUCAGUCCGCUAUGCAGGUGUCUGCUGAGGGCCAAUCAGAGGCUAAUUAUCAGUCUUUAGGUCAGCAUGGGGGUUAUACUGUUUCAACAGCUUCUGGUCAGCGACCUACGCUGGACCGAGCAUGUUACGAGUGCGGUGAGGUAAGGCAUAUUAAGAGGUAUUGCCCCAGAAUCAGACAGGGUGGACAGCAGACUCAGUAUCAAGCUCCUCAAGCUCCAUUUGCACCAGAUAGAAGGGGGUAUAGUACUUGGGCGAAUUGGAUGAUCCUAGGUAUGGUAGAUUUCAAUGUCAUUUUGGGCAUGAGUUGGUUGUCCCCGCAUUAUGCCAUUCUUGAUUGUCACUCUAAAAUAGUUACCUUGGCUAUGUCCGGGGCACCUAGACUUGAGUGGAAAGGUAACCUUAGUCUCCUCCCUAAGAAAGUCAUAUCCUUCGUUCGUGCUAGGAAGCUAGUGGAGAAGGGGUGGCUAGCUUAUUUGGCACAUAUCCGUGACACCAGUACAGAUACUCCACCUAUUGAUUCGGGUCCAGUGGUACACAAAUUUGCGGAUGUGUUCCCCGUAGACUUGCCAGGUAUGCCACCUGACCGUGACAUUGAUUUUCGGAUUGAUUUAGACCUAGGGACUCGUCCUAUCUCUAUUCCACCUUAUAGGAUGGCGCCAACAAAACUCAGGGAAUUGAAAGAACAGUUGCAAGAUCUUUUGAGUAAGGGGUUUAUUCGCCCGAGUGCCUCUUCUUGGAGUGCUCCUGAAGGUAUUAUGGUGGAUCCGCAGAAAAUUCAGGCAAUUAAGGAAUGGGCUAGGCCCACAUCAGUGACCGAGAUCCGUAGUUUUGUGGCACUGGCUAGCUAUUAUCGUCGGUUUGUGAAAGGGUUCGCCUCUAUUGCUUCUCAUUUGACUCAUUUAACUCAAAAAGAGGUACCGUUCCAGUGGUCCGACAAGUGUGAGGAGAGCUUUCAAAAGCUCAAGACCUUGCUGGAUAUUUCUAACACGGGAAGGAUGUUGGCUUGUGUUGAGGCUCGAUCAUCAUUUCUAGAGCAGAUUAAGGCUAAGCAGUUUGAGGAUGAUAUGCUGUGUAGAAUCCGUGACAAGCAAGUAAAGUGUGAACAUCAUAAACCUGGGGGUACACUUCAGAGGAUGCCCAUUCCUAAGUGGAAGUGGGAAAGAAUAGCAAUGUAUUUCGUGGUUGGUCUUUCAAAGACGUUGGGGAUGUUUGAUUCUAUCUGGAUUAUUGUUGACAGGUUGACUAAGUCUGCCCACUUUAUUCCGGUGCGGAUAACUUAUGAUGCGGAGAAAUUGGCGAAAAUCUACAUUCGUGAGGUGGUUAGGCUUCAUAGGGUUCCAAUCUCUAUUGUGUGCAACAGAGGCACAACGUUCACAUCUAGAUUUUGGGAGCAUUUGCAUGAGGAGCUGGGUACUAGGGAUGUUGUCUUCAAGGAAGAUGUCUUUCCUUUUGCUAUUACUCCUGCACAUUCUUCUCUUCCUUUAAUUGCAAAUGCUAUGCCAUUUAUUGAUGUCAUUCCUGUUGAACUGCAAAAUGUACCUACUAGCAGAGACAAUGUUGAGAAUCCAGGAACACUAUCAGCUGACACCUUAUCUGACCAUCCUACCACUUCAUUGAACCAACCAAAUGAAAAUUCUCUUAACACUAGUUCACUGCCACCACAAGAUCCACCUUUAGACCACCAUCAAAACUCUGACCAUAAUGUGACAAACCACAAUUCUUAG